AUGGGCAAAUUCAAGCGCGGCUCGCUGAAUCCGGCUGCCCAACCCCCCGCCGUCGUCGACGGCGGGGCCAAUCCUCCUCCAGCGUCAUGCCUCAUCGACCGCGUGGCCUACAUCGCCGACGUCACCAACGCGAGCACCGCCAUGUGCAACACCACGGACAACACCGACAAUCACGGCGUCACUAUCCAGGUCACCUUCGUCGUCGGCGACCCGCCGCUCGUCUCCUACCUGUGCGCCCACUGCAUCGGAUCGCAGUUUGCUUAUGACCCCGUCAUCGUCGCCACGGAGGGCAGGCUCGCCCUCCUCGCCAUUGACAUCGGACGGUCUUGUUCAGGCCGCGGGCGCAAACACUACAUCUAUUAUGCCGGCGACACCAGCAGAGGCAUGGACCCGUCGCUCAAGCGGCUUCCCGACCCGGAUCCCGCCCCACAGUCCCUGCACCGCUUCUACGACGGCUAUCAUCUCGGCCUCCUCCGGCGGCCUCGUCCCCAGUCCCAGCCCCAACUCCAAGGCGGGGGUUUUCUGCGCCCACCUUGCAAUUACCGCGCCCAGGAGGAGGAGCAUGUCUCCUACGUCGUCGCUGGGCUCUUCCUCAAACACAAACCAUCAGCAUCCGGUCACCUGUUCGACCUUUACCUCUACAGCUCCGAUACCAACAAGUGGUCCAUCCAGGACCAGGAGCCCCCCUUAUUGCUGCUCCAACAUCAGCAACAGCGAGCCGGCGGCGGCGGCUUUGAUUUUGUCACAAACAAGGCCAUCUCCAUCGGCGGAGAACACGGUGGUUCCACCACCAUGUGCUUCGUCGACCUGCAGCAGGGCAUCCUUCAAUACAACGUGCUCGACAGCAUCCCAGGGCUCCGCUACUGUCCGAUGCCGCCGCCCCUUGAACCCAACCCUGUCACCAUGGUCCAGUCUUACCCACAGGCUUUCCGUGAUGUAGCCAUCAUCGACGGUGGCCGCCGCAUCAAGUGCGCCCAGCUGCAUCUGGAUGUCACCUUAAACUGCGAGGAUAGCAACUGGGUGGACUGGACUGUUCCCUCCUAUCAUGGCUGGAAGGCAGCCACAUGGAGCAUGGACGCUGCCUAUCCUUCUUCUGGCUGGCGCCAGGACAGCGAGGUAGUUCAUGCGUCUGAGAUUGGCAGCACCAUAGACCCGCCGCUUCUCCAAUUGCCGCCGUAUGAGUUCGACGGCGACCAAGGCCCUCCUCUUCCGCUGACCUUUGAGAAGCUCCACACAAGCCUGCCUGUGAUCAGCUUGCAUGACGACGGCAAAGACGUCGUCUACUUCAUGACCAAGGUCCAUUCUUAUCAUAAGGCCGCAUUGGUGAUUGCGGUUGACAUGUCCAACAAGACAACACAACAAGUCAUACAGUUCCUCCCAGGGAAAUUUAUGGAGCGCGCCUUUGUACACAGCAGGAUCUCCAAAUUUCUCAGUAUGGCUCCAGGCUCCAGCUCCAGGCUCGGGCACAAGAGGAAACAUGAAACGACCAGGGAUGGUGACACUAAUGACAUGUUCGUACUGAUGAGUGAUACUGUUAUGAUGGAACCAAACAAUCCCCAUCCAGCUGAAACAUAA